GCACUGAUGUCGGACAAGAAGAUCUGGCUUGCAGUCUCCGUUCUAAUUAAUGCCAAAGGUGAUCUAUCGGGUUGAGGCCAGGGCUCUGCAGACAGUUGCCGACUUCUGUGCACUAUGCGCUUCAGCUUGGUUGCUGUUGUUCCCAGUUGCUUCCACUUUGUUAUAACAGUUGACUGUGGAAUAUUUAGUGGCAAGGAAAUUUCACGGAUGGACUUAUUGCACAGGUGGCAACCUAUCAUGGUAACAAAGCUUGAAUUCACUGAGCUCCUGAGAGCGACCCAU